AUGGCUUCAGUAUUCAUCCGCCAGGAAAUCAGCCAAGAGCUGUGUGAGCGCUAUGCUGGGUUUGCUUCACACAUGGUGAGGUGGCAGUUCAAGAUCAUCUACUGGACUCUGUUCAUCUCGAACCUGUUUGUCUUGUUUCUCGCCUCUUGGACCUAUACUCGAGGACAGGAGUCCCUCGAACGAUAUGCCCACAACUCCAAGAAACGCACCAAGCGUCUCCGACAAUCCAUCUUUCUAUGUCUGGGAUGCGUUGCAGUCUCGACGGCCAUCGUCAUCAUGGAGGCCUAUGCCAUCAUGGCUCUCCAAUUCUGCGACGGAGAGGACCUCAUCUCGCUUUAUUGGUCAACCUGGACUAUGGUUCAAGUUGGAUCUCUGAUUGCCAUGGUCGGAAUUAUCUUAGCUAUGGCUCAUUCGUUGAGCGACCGACGCCAUCCUCCUUGGGCACUCGCUCUCGGAACACCUGUUCUCGUCAUCGCAGGUUUCCUACACCUCUUCCACGACUGCACACGACAGCGCAUUAAGAAACAAAUGCAAAAGAAGAUUGAUCAGGAGGAGGCAUUCGGCGGCCCUCCCAUGAGCCAAGCAAACACGAUUCAAGUCAACCCCGACGACGAGCCUGAUGAUGAGUACCGGGGAGAGGUGGUCGGGUUCAGCAUCAGCGGAGGCCCGAUUAUUCGCUUCACCGACUCCAUGCCUGAUCCCCUGCCAAACCACACCCGACUGCUCGGGUACUGUGAAGAUAGCCGCCCGAUUGUCAUUUGUGACCGGGACUCGAUCCGCAUGAUGACCGAGUCGCCCCGGCCGAUAAUCCGCACUCCAAUCCCAGCCAAGAAGGAGAAGGAGGAGGAGACGUCCUGA